AUGUCCUCCUACCAACUUACCCCCGACGACCUCGACAUAUCGACGGAGACCACACCGGCCAUUCGGGCGGCUCGGAAUCCCAAUCUACCGGGCCAAAGGUUUCGCUCCACCAAGGCCUUGACAGCUCUAGAAGUCGCCGCGGCUUGUGGCCAAGAACAAAUGUUCGAUCUAAUUCGCGACGCGAGAGCGGAUGAAUCCGCCUGGACUCAGACUCAGUCUCCAGGUGAAAUUGUCGACGACGGACUAUUGAGCCAGGAGGCAGCAGUCCCAUCAUCGCUGUCGACCUCGUCACCCGUCCACAAAUCCAUCGCUGCAGGUCACCACGCCAUGCUUCAAAAAUUGCUCCACCAACACCACGACCCCAAAACCAGAGAGUGUAUCACCGAGCUGCGAGACCACCCAGAUCUCGACCCUUACCUCCGCACCCCCGUCUUCGGGGUCCACUUGCUUCAUUUUGCCGUCGCUUGUCACAGCUCAGCCCCAUUGUCCUGGCUCGGCUUGCCCCUCUCGUCCGCGGGAUCCACUGCCUUCGGACAGACACUGCUUCACAUCGCCUCGCUGCCCUUAACAUUCGAAUGCAUCUACCAAAACAACCCCGAUGUCGUCCGAAGCAUUCACCGCACCAGGACUCUCGAUCUCGCCUGGUCACCGCAUCCAAGACCUAGUCCCUUGCAUAUGGAGCCACGGCUGCCGUCCAGACUCAACCCGCUGCGUCCCCGGGGGAGAACCCCAAUGACGUCCGCCGAGCAGGAAGCCCAGUUGGAUACCCUGCGCGUCAUCGUCGAUGCCGGCAUCGAUGUCCGCGCACAAGAUGUCGAUGGUAACACUGCCCUGCACUAUCUGGCGGAGACCUUGAAUGUCGACCCCGGCGUCAUGCAGUUGUUUAUAGACAUGGACGCCGGUGAGGAGGUUUAUCAUCUUGCCUUGAAUCGGGAGGGCUUGUCACCGCGGGCGUUGUGGGAGAGUAGAUCCUCCAGUAAUCAAGUUAUGGAAGAAUAG